AUGCUUCUGCUCAGGCGGCCGCUUUGCAGCCCUUCACCUCAUUUCCGACAUUGUCGGGCAUUCUCUCAUAGCAUUGGGUUGGCCAAUGUGCACCACGUAAAAUUCAAGAGGCCGUGGGUUAGACGGUUUGCUACAACAUGCUUGCUCUACGGCGCUGCAUUCUACAUAUGGACCUCGCUAUUAUCUCUUCAAUUCGAUGGGGAUAUUGAAAUUGAUUCGCCUGAGGAUACGACAGCGAACAAAAAUGUAUCUCAAAGAGGGGUAGAUGGCACCGUUGAAGAGGAUUUCAUGUUCAUUCCUUUGGGAUGGCCCCGGAUGCGACCUGGAGAGCUCUAUGCGCCAUCGGAUAUUGAGUGGCAGGAAUUUGUGAAAACAGCUGGAGAUAAGCAGCGACUCAAGUCGCUUCGAGAUGAACUUUCCGCAAUUGUCUGGAGAAAGGCGUCAGAGUCUGUACAGCUCAGGCGCCUCUUGGGAAGCCCGUUGACGCUUACCGAAUCUUGGCUCGUUCAUCGCUUCCCUUAUCGCGCACCACCUCAUUACGAACAGUCAGGUUUGGAAAUCUCGGAUACCCAUGUGUCGUGGGUGUCGAAACCUAUCGCUCCUGAUCAAGGUGACCGAAUUCGGAAGGUUUUGCUACCUCUUGCUGUUGCCUUGGCUACCAGUGAUGCUUUCAAGGUCCUCUGGAACAAGCAGCUUCAACGGCUAAAAGAAUUUCUACAUGUUGAGGGACCUCGAUAUUCUGACAAUUCCAUUAUGUUUAUGACGAAAACAGCCAAGCAGCAAAAUACUGAAAAUUCAACUGAGAAGGAUAUGCCGUCUUUGUCAGAUCACGAAGUACUUACUUCUAACUCACUCAAGGAAGGUCUUCCACAUAAUGAGAGCCCGAGUCGUCCCCACCCUUCUUUGGUCAUAUCAAUUCUACAGAGACUGCCUUUUCCGAGUUUUGCACCUGGUUCCGAUUUACAUCAGGCUUCAAUGGCAUUUAAAUGGCGCCUGAGACAAUCCUGGUCUCGUUAUCGUCCAACCCCAAAGCGAGGCGUGUUCUACAUUACCGGUCCUGUCGGUCUGAAAGGUCCACGGGGAUACUGCAGGAUCGAGGUGUCUGGUGAAUAUGAUCCAGCUACAAGGAGUUGGACUGCUGUGUCGAUGCAGUUAAAGGACUUCAACCUGUACACUCAGAAGCCACUCGGACGUCGCAGAGACGUCUGA